UGUGCGGGCGACAGUGAGUGAGCGAGGAGACAAGAGAGGCGAGUUUCCGUUACCUGUUCGUCCUGAAAAUUCUUGGGGGAUUUGGAACGCACGCGCGCGCUCUUCCCAGCCCGAGAUAAUAAACAAGACAAUAAAACCCGUUUGAAACACAUGAGGCUGAAGAGUUGGCUGAAGGAGUAAAAAAAGAAAACCACAGCCACCUUUCUCCACUCACACUGAACACUCUCAACCAUAUUCACACACGCACUCAAACACCCAUACACACACAGCACUGGCAAAGCACGGACAUAAACUGAAGUGAUUGUGACAGCAACCAGCCAUGUAUCUGAACCGCGAGGAAGAGCCCGCCAAAGGCUCCUUGUCUCUGAGCGUUUUCCUGGUGUCUCUGGCACUGACGGUGUGUGUCGUCUGGCUGGUGGCGCUAUGUGGGGUCUGUGGAUGGUGCCAACGCAAACUGGGGAAGAGGAAUAAGCCAGGUGUGGAGGCCGUAGGAACUCCAGAUUCUCUUCGAGGAGGUCGCGGGGAGAAGAAAGCCAUCAAUGAGUGUGUAGACAGAGAGUAUUGGAAUAACAAUGAGAGCCACGGCUGCAGCAACAGCAGCAGCAGCGGGGCUGGCGGCCCAGUGGCGUCCCGCUGGACCUCCUACCCCCCUAAAGAGUUUGUGCUAAACAUGUCCCCCUACGGGGACCACCGCCACUCCCUCAAUGGGUCGGCUGGGGCAGCAUCGGGGGCGUCGGGGGCGGAUCACAACAGUGAGGCGGGAUUGGCUGGAGAUGGAGAGGGGGGUGCGUCCGAGGGCGACGGAGUGAAGAACGCUGGCACAGGAUUGGUCGGCGGGGGCGCCAGGAUUAACAAGUGGCAGACAGUGCAGAGCCGCAUGCAGUCUGGAGACCUAAAGGCCAGCAAUUUCUCCUCCUCGACCGACGCCCUCCCCCCGCUGCCCUCCGCCACCACUCUGGAGCGCAUCCAUCCAGGCGGGGGUGGUGCCAUGAUGGGCGGAGCCACGCGCCCGCGCACGUUACUACGGCAACAGAGCCUGCAGCAACCCCUCCUGGGCCACGCGCCCCUGCCGACGCUGGCCUCCCUGCGAGACCGCGCCCCCAUCUCCCAGAGCCUGGGUCAGCUGACCGAUGACCCCUCUGAUCCUGCGGGGGGCGGCAGGGGAGGGGUGGCAAGGGGGGCGGCACCACUGCCACGCGGGGGCACCCCUGCCAGAGGACGGGGGGCGGCUGGGGCAGGCGGUGCAGCCGGGGCAGCAGGGGCGCCCCGAUACAGAGGAGGGGGGGCGGCAGGCGGGGGGCGGGGGGCCAACCCGGGCAGCUGGGACUACAUGAUGGGCCAAAUGAAGGACCGCGGCCUCGACGUCAAGUCUUUCCUAGAGGGAAAGAUGGUGGUUCUGUCAUUGGCCAUCGGUCUGGCGGAACAGGAUGACUUUGCAAACCUCCCCGACCUGCAAGAGGUGCCCACCAGCCAGGAAACAUCACCUGACAAGAGCCGGACCAUGGGAAAUAAGCCAGCCAACAGUCCUAAGGGGGCCAAUGAUGUGGAUGGCCACUCCUCAGUGUCCGACCUGGCCAACUCUCUCACCGGGGACAUGGUGAUGCUGUCCCCCGGCUCCGAGGAGGACGACCACGAGGGCCCCAUCAACGAGAAGCUGGGCCGCAUCCAGUUCAGCGUGGGCUACAGCUUCGCCGACUCCACGCUGACGGUGAAGAUCAUGAAGGGCCAGGACCUGCCUGCCAAGGACUUCUCGGGCACCUCGGACCCCUUCGUCAAGAUCUACCUGCUGCCCGACAAGAAGCACAAGCUGGAGACUAAGGUCAAGCACAAGAACCUCAACCCGCACUGGAACGAGACGUUCCUCUUCGAAGGUUUCCCGUAUGAGAAGGUGCGGGAGCGCACCCUGUACCUGCAGGUUCUGGAUUACGACCGCUUCAGCCGUAACGACCCCAUCGGAGAGGUGUCCAUCCCCCUCAACAAGGUGGAGCUGGGCAACAACCAGACCUUCUGGAAGGAGCUCAAGCCAUGCAGUGACGGCAGCGCUGGCCGUGGGGAUUUGCUGCUGUCCCUCUGCUACAAUCCAACUGCCAACACCAUCACGGUCAACAUCAUCAAAGCCCGUAACCUCAAAGCCAUGGAUAUUGGAGGAACCUCAGACCCGUACGUCAAGUUGUGGCUGAUGCACAAGGACAAGCGCGUGGAGAAGAAGAAGACGGUGACCAUCAAGCGCUGCCUGAACCCCGUCUUCAACGAGUCCUUCCCCUUCGAGGUGGCCGCCCACAUGCUGCGCGAGACCACCAUCAUCAUCACCGUCAUGGACAAGGACAAGUUCAGCCGCAACGACGUCAUCGGGAAGAUCUACCUGUCGUGGAAGAGCGGCCCGGCGGAGGUGAAGCACUGGAAGGACAUGAUGAGUCGACCGCGCACCAACGUGGCCCAGUGGCACGCCCUGAAGGCCUGAACACGCCAUCCCAACCAACCAA